CAUUGUUUCCGCACCUUGGCAGUUAAAUCAGCUGGAACUGAAAAGGAAAUGGAGCAAGUGAACGCCAAACCAAAUUUAGAUAUCUGCCUCAGUGAUUUAAAGCUUGUUCUAGGACCAGAAUUGAGAAUAAUUUACCCUUUGAUUCUUAAUUUUGCUGUCAGUGGAGAGCUUGAGCUAAAUGGCCUGGCUCAUCCCAAAUUGAUAAAACCUAAAGGUAUUCUAACAUUUGAAAAUGGUGACGUGAAUCUUGUGGCGACUCAGGUGAGCCCCAUGUUAACUUUGUAGUGUAGAUUUUCUUGUGCACUGCUUGUUAUCUUAUUAGUGUUUCUAUAGUCUGGGUUUUGUUUUUUGUUGAAAAUGUGAUGUUGGCCUAUAUAAAUUCAGGUGAGGCUUAAGCGAGAGCAUCUGAAUGUCGCAAAAUUUGAGCCCGAGUAUGGGCUAGAUCCAAUGCUUGAUUUAGCUUUGGUUGGAUCUUAGUGGCAAUUCAAAAUUCAAAGUAGGGCCAGCAAUUGGCAAGACAAACUGGUAGUGACAUCAACAUGAUCCAUGGAACAGGAUGUCCUUUCACCUACUGAGGCUGCUAGAGUCUUUGAGAGCCAAUUGGCGGAGUCCAUCUUGGAAGGUGAUGGCCAGCUGGCACUUGAAAAGCUUGCGAUUGCAACACUUGAAACAUUAAUGCCAAGAAUUGAAGGAAAAGGAGAAUUUGGCCAGGCUAGGUGGAGAUUAGUAUAUGCGCCACAGAUACCUAGUUUGCUCUCUUUCGAUCCGAUAGUUGAUCCUCUCAAAUCUCUGGCCAAUAAUAUUUCAUUCGGUACUAAGGUUGAAGUCUAGCUAGGGAAACGCCUUCAGGUUAUCUUUAAAGUCUUUCAAUUUGCACAACUUAUGAAUGAUGUUUUUAAGUAGCUUUCUUGUGAAAAACGUAAAUCAGUUGAGUUGGAUUAUUCGUAAUUAAGGGGAACAGAAUAAAAAUAUUAGAUUAUCAUCAAGUUGAAGAAGUAAGCCCUCUUUUCCAUUCAAGCAUUGUAUAGUUGCAUUUUGAAUCUUGUUUUCGGGUAUUUGUCCAACAAAACAUCUUUAAUGGGAC